AUAGGUUAUUUUACAAAUACUCCGAAUAUAACUUAUUAAUAUUGGUUAAAGUUUUAUUAUAAUCCCAUUGUAAAUAAGUAACAAUGUCUUUCAAUUUAAUACUAAAUAGCUGUAAAGCAAACUCUUGCAUGAAAGAGUUUGUCCGUAACGCCAGUAAGAAGACCGGUGGUAGUACUUCGAACACAAAUUGUAAGGUGAGGCCGAAGCACAGAGGGUGGAAGGUGCAGGAUGGACAUUUUGUGCAAUCUGGUAACAUCUUAGUUACUCAAAGAACACCGAGGUUUCAUCCAGGAUUAAAUGUUGGAUUUGGUAGAAACGGGACUCUUUUUGCAAUGGAACCGGGAAAAGUUGUUGUAACUUGUGAGAAAUUUGACCCUGACUGGGAUCACACUUGGAACCGGAGAGUAUACGGAGGAAGGGAAGGACAGACCAUCAUGAAGAAGUAUUACAAUGUCAUACCUGAACCACAACACUCCAGGUUUAAGCUGGUCGAUGAAGUUUGAUUGGUUUUAGCGUUAUUUAGUUAUGGUAGGAAAUAUAUAUUUAGUUGGAUAUA